UGUCGCGUUGUACUGCGGCGGAUGUUGAUGUUUUGUUUUGGAGCCUACGAAACGAUGUGAGCUGACGUCCCUGGGAUUCAUAUUUUGGUCUUUUGUAAUUGUUUCUCGAUACGGUUUCUUCUGUUAGUCGGCAUCGUGUCUCUCCCGGCAGUUGUACCGGGAAGCGCGAGGCCGAGUCUUGCGAUGAUGGAGGACUUUGAUGAGAUCUAUGAGGAAGAGGAAGAAGAGGAGGACGAGGACAGGGCCGCAGAAGAGCAGCUCCUAAAGUACGCUCCGGACCCGGUGGUGGUGCGAGGAUCCGGCCACGUCACUGUAUUUGGACUUAGCAACAAAUUCGAGUCAGAAUUCCCAUCGGCGCUUACAGGAAAGGUGGCCCCCGAGGAGUUCAAGGCCAGCAUCAACCGUGUGAAUGGCUGCCUUAGGAAGACCCUCCCUGUGAACGUCCGCUGGCUGCUCUGUGGCUGCCUUUGCUGCUGCUGCACCCUGGGCUUCAGUCUGUGGCCGGUUAUCUGCCUCAGCAAGCGGACACGGAGAUCCAUAGAGAAGCUACUGGAGUGGGAAAACGGCAGACUUUACCACAAACUAUGUUUGCAUUGGAGGCUGAGUAAAAGAAAGUGUGAAAGCAACAACAUGAUGGAGUAUGUCAUCCUAAUAGAGUUCUUGCCCAAGAUACCGAUCUUCAGACCAGACUAGUUGUUGUUGAGCCCACCCCCCCCCCACCCCACCCCCCCAUCUCGUCAGCCCAGCGCCUUCACAGAACCACAGUGGCACCCUGUGCUUCCUGAUGAAAAAACCUUCCCCAAAGGCCACCCACAUUUUAUGUUUACAGGGUGUCACCUACUCUCCCUUUCUACUCUUUAUAGCCACCCUCACGGACACCUUCUUAAGUUGUUUACAAAUCUGACAAGCCUAUGUUCUAAGUUAUUUUUGACUGUUCUGGAGGAACCGUGUCUGGCCCAGUUCAACUGCACGGUGCGGUUCUCCGUCCAGGGAGCAGGGAGGCACUGAUGGACCGGCGGCUUGAAACUCAGAAACCGGAACCUUGUCAUUUCCCCCUCCCCUCCUGCAAGACACAAUCAGAAUUUGAUGAUGAUGGGGCAGGGGGGUCUGUCCAGAAUCUCUGUUUUUGUUCAUUAUGCCAACGACUCAACUUCAUCUAACAGAACAAUAACAACACAUGAUAUCAUCACAGAGCAGAAUUUCCCGGGCUAACCCCACCCCAUCUGCAGAUCCUCCUAGUCAACGCCGGACGCAAGCUAAAAGGAACAAAGUCGGACAAUGCGACAAUGGCCUCCCUUUUUAAAUGUAUUUUACGGUAGUGAACUCCACUAGCUAGCUGCAUAGCUUACGGUCGACAGCCCCAACUUGAGCCCAUUAGCCUCCUACUUCCUCUAAUCCACUGGCCCGAGCCCCCCAUCCCUUCCCCCUGUGCGUUGGAGGACGAGAGUCAGCCUAACCCUAGUGACAAUCACAACGUAUCGACCGCACUCCCCCUGAAGGGGGCGAAAGACCGAUGGUAUUCUUCCGAGACAAUGAAAUGUUUUGGUUUUCUUUCCAACGCUGGCCCUGUCUCGCCGAGUGAUACUGUCAUCACUUGCUGCCUAACAACCGUUGCUAUGAAGCAGCGGCAACACAAGAUGAGGUCAACGGAUCCUUUCGGGAUGCGGGACCAGAACAUUGUUGUUUUUCUGUACCUUUUAUAGUAACCUCCCCAGACGCGCACCUGAGGGCAGGGGUGUGCGUCUGGCUGGUGAGGUUUGGAUCGCAUAUGGGUUAGGAUGCAUAUUGUGUGUGGGUGUGGUGUGUGUGCGCGUGCGUGCGUGUGUGCACAGGAGAAAUGUUAGAAGACAAUAAAACCCGUAGAACUUGUCUCUGCCUACUAGGGUUUCGGUCCUCAACACGUAGGUUAGUCCUUAACGAUCUCGUGAGUUUAAUUUUGUGAUACCUAAUCUCAAUGUGCACAUGAAAGAGUCUCUGCAUUUGUAAUCGCUUACUUGGCCUCCAUCGACUGGUACAAAGCACUUUGUAUCGGCGGUCUCCUUUGAGGUCAUGGCAACACAACCUGCACAGUGAUUCUCUCCUCCCUUUUCUCAGGCACCCUCGCCUGCUGUGCGUGCGUGUAUGUAUGGGACCGGGGGGUCGUUGGAUGUAUUACAUUUUAGAAAGUUAUUAUUUUUUUUAAGUUACUGUUAAUGUUUAGUUGAGUCUUCACCCGCGUGGACGCCACAGCACAAUCAAGAAUCUGAGUAAACGUCAUAGAUUCCAUCCACAGGCGUUGCUGCCGUCUGCACAAGUUAUACUGUGGUCAUGACCUGCCCUUCAGCUCCCCGCUCCGGUUUGACCUCUCGUCAUCGGCCUCGGGUCACUCGGCUGUAGUGAUUGUAUGGGUCGCACUCAGGGCGUUUUUGUUUCAUCUAACUACACGUGUAGUUUUUUAAUGUCUAUCCUUAUCGAUGGAUACAUAAAAAGGAUGAUUUCUAACCCAUUCAAAGUAAAGAAAUACGUUUUUUGUAAGUGUCAUAGAUACAUUACCUGAAUUAUAGACUUAAUAACUCACUGUAAAAAAAAUAUUUUUACGUUGAAAUAUGCCCAGUAACAAACAAGUUCUUGCCUUUUUGACGCCAUUAACAGCAAAAAAUGACUAAAAAACAUAUAUUCCAAUGUGAACCAGGCUUUUCUUUUAUUAUUUUUUGUUGCCCUGGUUUGUGUUUUUCAAAGUCCGAGCAGACUGAAUGGCCACUGGGUUGCCUUGUUAAUCAUCACUCUCCGUUCACAUUUAGUUCUGAUGUUCUCCAAGAAUCAAGAUGUAAAGCUACGUGUGUGUCUGUGUGUGCGUGCGUGUGGGUGUGUGUGCACAAAAGGUAUCGGUGCAUCCGAGAUAGUGAUUGAACCCUGUCCAUUAUGUGAGUCAGUUUUAUAUAAUCCAUAGUGUUCUGACCGAGACUUUGUGUGUGUUCAUGGGAGACGUGUAAUAUAUGUAUGUAUGACACAAAGUUUAUGUACAGUAAUAAACUACCCAUAAACAAGA